AUGGCCCAGCGCGCUUUCAUCGCCGCAAGUGCCCUCUCGCUCCUCUUGCUCGCUCUCCCAGCACCUUGGCAUCUCCGCGCCAACAACUCGGGCACCGUCCUCUACAUUCUCUGGUCAUUCUUGGGUAAUCUCGUCUAUCUCGUCAAUACCAUCAUUUGGUCGGGCAAUACCCGCAAUAUCGCCCCCAUUUGGUGCGACAUUUCGAGUAAACUCAUCAUCGGCUUCAAUGUUGCACUCUCGGCAGUCUCCCUCUGCAUCCAGCGCAGGCUCUACAGGAUCACCAGAGUCUCCCAGAAACAACGCGACAUUUUCAUCGAUUUUGCCAUCGGGUUGGGUCUCCCAGUGCUCGUAAUGAUCCUUCAUGUCGUCGUCCAGGGCCAUCGAUAUGACAUUGUCGAGGAUUUUGGUUGCAUGCCGACAACAUAUCCAUCCUAUUAUGCUUAUAUCGUCAUCUUGCCUUGGCCAUGGGUCCUCUCUUCCAUCUCCAUGGUCUAUGCCGGCCUCACUAUUCGUGCAUUCCUUCAACGCCGUUCGACUUUCAACGACCUGCUCAAAACCCAAGGCACUGGACUCAACGUUCAACGCUAUAUUCGCCUCAUGGCCCUCGCCCUGACAGAAGUCCUCCUAGUCUUCCCGAUCAGCAUGAUCAUCUUUGUCCACAACGUCACCACCUCGCCACCAAAACCCUAUCGCUCCUGGGCCUGGGUCCAUUCUAAUUUUGGUCGCAUCUCGUACAUUAGCCGGUUCCUCCUCUCGCGUGACAAAAAGACAGAAAUCCUCUUUGACGUUUCACGCUGGUGCAUGCCCGUCUCUGCCUUGCUCUUUUUCAUCUUCUUUGGCAUGGCGAGCGAGGCGCGGAAACAGUAUCGCAGGACCUGGUACAACUUCCUUCGACGAUUCGGAUUCGCACCACCAGAGCCCAUCACAUCUUCAUCCCAUGACAACAAGGACACACCCCUCAGCCCAACCUCGAAUCGCAUGCGACCGAGCUUUUUGUCCAAGCACAAGCGUACCACGACCAGCUCCUCUACCGCACCCCUCCGCAGUCCACCGAUUGACAAGAAACGUCCAGAUUCGUUUGCAUGGCUCGAUGAAUCGCUCGACAAGCUCGACGAGGAAGAAGGCGGAUUACCCCGGCAGCCAUCGUUGGCCUAUUUGCCGGACACGCACCGAGCACGCGAUAUCGGCACGGGGUACGGACACACUCCCUGCACGCCCUCGACCUCGUCGUCGUCUGCUUUCCAUGGAUACGGUGGACAUUAUGGGUCAGAUGAAGGUGACGAGGGUACUGUUGGUCGUCACGCGAGCAUCUCGACUGCACACACGGGCAAGAUGCGUGCUGGAAAGAGCCUGUCAUAUGAUUAUGAUGCGGAUGAUGCCACGAUUUGCGGGGUUCCGACCUCGCUCAAACGGUCCGACUCGAUGAGCAGUGACACCAACAAGAUGCUCCCUGGGAUUCCAUUCGAAGAGUUUACCGAGUUUAGACGCGAGAGGCGAAGCGGUGGUGCUGUUGUUUCGACGGACCAAGACGGAGGAGAACGCGAGUCCCGGAUCAUCGUCCCCGCCGAACAGCAUCACGACGCGAGGAGUAGCUUCCAUAUCGACUGGUUCCAGUUCCCUGAAGAUCAACGACGCAGCGCGGCGAUGGAAGAUCAAGUGCAAAUCGUCGCCUCGCCGCGCAACAGUGUAGCGUCGUCGAAUCUGGAACACGAAGACGAUGGUCUGCCGAGGAUUGAGGAUCACGAGUUGGGAGGCGCCCAAGUGCAAAUCUUUGUCUCUUCGCCGACCAACACGAGCUUUGACCGCAGUGCGCGUGCGAGUCGGGAUGGCCUGUCGAGUGUGCAUUCGAGUAUGCACGAUCUCGUGUCGUCCUCUUCGGCCUCUGCAUCGGUUUCAGACGAAGAUUAUCGGGAUAUUCAUCGCCAAUCGUUCCCGCGCUCGAUCAUGACCUUUGAUGAGCGGUUGACGCCUCAGAUGGAAUCGGUCCCGCUUCCGUCUACGGCGACGAAUAGCCCGUCCCCAUUGUCGGUCGAGGUUGUGCCGAGCCCUGUCGAGACGAUUCCGAGUAUGAUGGUCCCCUCGCCAGUCGUAGAGAGUCCAGUGACGAUUCCGAGCCCUGUUACGAGUAUCGCCACCAGCACGCCUACGCCUACGACAACGACGAUGAAUAGUCCCGUCACGGCACCGCAGACGCCACUCUCGACGCAAAUGCCGCCACCACGACCUUUGCAGAUUCAACGUCUGUUGCCUGUGCGUGCGGAUUCGCCUCGCCCACACGGUGGAGGGAUGCUUGCCCCCCAGAGGCGGGUCGCCCAAGCCCCGUGGUGUUGGUGGUGGUGA